AUGGACACUAAGACAAUUUUUAUGGCAUUUUUCAUAAUCAACAUUUUAGUAUCAUGUGCGUAUCCAUGUUUGGGCCAAGAAGAUGUUGACGAUAAACCACUAGUCAAUCCCGGUGAGUUUGAUACAUUGGAUGCAUUAUCGCCGGCUUCGCAGGAGUACAAUAUUUAUAUGUUAGAGAACCUCCCACCAAAAUACAAAACGUAUCUCGGAACCUGCGCUGAUAAAAUGGGGCCCAGUGGUAUUUCGGAAUGUAAUGAAGAUGUUCUUAGAGAGAUUCUUACGAGCAAACCUGUUUCAAGAGAGUGUUGUUUGAUGGUAGUAAGAGCUGGAAAAGAAUGCUACAUGGAGAUUAGAAAGUUCAUGUUUCGAUUGUAUCAACUCAAACGCUUUGCUUCUCAAGUUUCUUUCAAAACUAAUGAGGUUUGGAACAGAUGUUCUGCUGAAGUUGAAAGUCCUUCAUCAUCUCACGACCACACGAUUUUGUUAUCUUGAUUAAAUCUUUUGUUAUAUUAUAUGAUGUAUCAUGAAAUAAUGGUUUGUUAUAUUAUUCUAACUAUAUAAAAUAAAAUAAAACAUUCAUCAGCUUAUUCGUUUUUCUAACUCUAAUGUGAUAUAAGAAAACUUUAGUGUGAUAUCUUGGUUGUUCUAACUAGUGUUUUCUUAGCAUGGUUUUUUAUUUUACCAAAUAUAAAACAUAAUUGCACAUGAAUCUUGUUAAACAAAAUCAUAUAUUUCUUUCUUUGUAACUCAAAUAAAUUAAGUGAUUUGAAAUUCAAUUAAAUUUAUGAAAACAAAUCAAACGUGAGAGAACGAUAUAGGAAAAAACAAUAGGUAACUUUCAUUUUUCGUGAAAUAAAAACGUUCAUGUCAUUUUUAUGAUCCUAGUUAGGACCUAAUAUGAAAAUUCAUGAUAAUGGGUUGUGAGUUAAUUAUCUAAAACUCUUUUACAAUGUUUUCCACAAAACAUAUAACUUCUCUGUUUUUCGAGGUUUAUAUCAUCUCUACUUUUGUAAUAAUCCACUUACAGAAUGAAAUAAUCUUUGUAUUCAUAGGAUCAAAAUAUAGAUUCUCAUGAGACUGAUCAGAGGGACAUUUAGUUGAUCAAAGGAACAAUAUGCUUAUGCUUGAUGGGCCAACACUCUAUAUUAAAAAAAGCAUCAUAUUUCAAUAGUUCAUAAGCUUUUAUUCAAGUAUAACCAGUAAGAACUCAGAUAAACAUAAACUCAGAGGGAUCAACGAUCCAAGAGACAAAAUUUCAUGAUUGUCUAUGUUCUUGGUAUUUAUCUCAAACGGCGUUUCAAGUUAUAUAUCCACAGUCAUCCUUGUUCAUGUUUUUGCUUCUUGUUCUUCUUCUUGCUUGCUUGUUAAAAAUUUAUGUAGUACUUAAUCAUAAAGAUCUAUUAGACAAGACUAGAAAAAAUUCUUAUACAAUUCUUUGCAAAAAAGCGUAUAUGCUUUAUCUACAAAUGAUCUUUGGUUUUGCGAAUUCAUCACUAUUUUAGACCAUGAAAUUUUUCAAGAAACAUAGAUCCAUGUUUCCAUUAGUUACAAUAUUUUACUUAAGUGAAACACUACUAUAUACAUUUCAUAUUGGUGUAAUUUUAUUCUUUAAAAAUAUUUAGUAAUUAUAAAUGUCGUUAUGAAAAAUAUUUAAAGACACAUGAAACAUAGUGAGUAUUAAAUUAACUA